AUUUUUUAACUUUGAAAUCAUUUCUGUGAAAAAUCUCUUGAACCUUCGCCCUUUUCUCUCUCUUGCGCAUCUGCGGUGGAUUUGCUCUGAGAAUUACAGAAAUUCAGAUCUGAAUCCAUAACCAUGUCUUCAUCGAAUUACCCCGCCACAACUGAUUCCCUUAUCCAAGCUACCCAAUCCAACGUUCCAGCUGAAGCUAUCUCCAUCCUUUACUCCAUUAUCGAAAACCCUUCAUCUUCAUCAGAUGCCCUACGCAUCAAAGAACAAGCCAUCACCGCUCUCUCCGAUCUUCUCAGGAAAGAAGGCCAAUCGGAAGACCUUCGAAACCUCCUAACUAAACUCCGACCAUUCUUCACCUUAAUCCCAAAGGCAAAAACCGCCAAAAUCGUCCGCAGUAUUGUUGACGCAGUUGCUAAAAUUCCCAACACGUCCGAUCUGCAAAUCUCCCUCUGCAAGGAAAUAGUCCAAUGGACACGUGACGAAAAACGAACUUUUCUACGUCAGAGAAUUGAGGCUAGGCUUGCUGCUCUACUGCUCGAGAGCAAGGAAUAUUCUGAAGCACUAAAUCUCCUCUCGGGUCUCGUCAAGGAGGUGCGAAGAUUGGACGAUAAGCUCCUAUUGGUCGAAAUCGACUUGCUCGAGAGCAAACUCCAUUUCUCGUUGAGAAACCUCCCCAAAGCUAAAGCUGCACUAACGGCAGCAAGAACUGCAGCAAACGCUAUCUACGUGCCUCCAGCUCAGCAGGGAACUAUUGAUCUACAGAGUGGGAUUCUUCACGCGGAAGAGAAGGACUACAAAACGGGCUACAGUUACUUCUUUGAAGCUUUCGAAGCUUUCAACGCCCUAGAAGAUCCACAGGCGAUUUACAGCCUGAAGUACAUGCUUCUGUGCAAGAUUAUGGUGGGCCAGGCUGAUGACGUGGCGGGGAUAAUAUCAUCUCCGAAAGUUGGUCUGCAGUAUCAAGGGCCGGAAUUGGAUGCCAUGAAAGCCGUGGCGGAUGCUCACUCGAAGCGUUCGCUCAAACUAUUUGAGGUUGCUCUCAAGAAUUUCAGGACACAGCUCGAUGAAGACCCUAUUGUGCAUAGGCAUCUUUCUUCGCUUUACGAUACUCUGUUGGAGCAGAAUCUUUGCAGGUUGAUUGAGCCGUUCUCGAGGGUUGAGAUUGCGCACAUUGCUGAGUUGAUUGAGUUGCCAGGUCAGAGUGUUGAGAAGAAACUGUCUCAGAUGAUUUUGGAUAAGAAGUUUGCUGGGACUUUGGACCAGGGUGCUGGAUGCUUGAUCAUAUUCGAUGAUCCUAAAACGGAUGCGAUUUAUCCGGCGACAUUGGAGACUAUUUCGAACAUGGAGAAGGUUGUGGACAGUCUUUAUGCAAGGUCUGCAAAGAUAAUGGCUUGAGAGGAGGGAUUUUAAUUUUGGAGAGACUCAACUUUUCUGCUUAGCAAUUAUUCUCUUUCUUCAUUAGUUGUGAGACAUGAAUUAACUUCUGUAUUAUUGUUCAUCUUAUCUGUUUUAUUUUUUCUUAUGAACUGCAUUUUCUUGUUUGAGGAGCAUUUGAUUGUUAUUUGAUAUUUGUGAACUUGGAUUUAA